ACGGUCACACAGAAACCCUAGUCGUACCAAGUCAUCGCUCCAGAUUAUUUAUAACACCCACUUCAAUGGCUCCUCUCUCUCUGGUCACCCUUACAGCUCUGCGAUUGUCGCGCCGCUCUGUUAGUCAUCUGGUAGAAUCUCUCUAAGAGUUUAUCAUGGGUAAAGAGAAGGUUCACAUUAACAUUGUGGUCAUUGGCCAUGUGGACUCUGGAAAGUCGACGACUACUGGUCAUUUGAUCUACAAGCUUGGUGGUAUUGACAAGCGAGUAAUCGAAAGGUUCGAGAAGGAGGCUGCUGAGAUGAACAAGAGGUCGUUCAAGUAUGCCUGGGUGCUCGACAAGCUGAAGGCUGAGCGUGAACGUGGUAUUACCAUUGACAUUGCUCUGUGGAAGUUUGAGACCACCAAGUACUACUGCACUGUCAUUGAUGCACCGGGGCAUCGUGACUUCAUCAAGAACAUGAUUACCGGUACCUCACAGGCUGAUUGCGCUGUCCUGAUCAUCGAUUCCACUACUGGUGGUUUUGAAGCCGGUAUUUCCAAGGAUGGCCAAACCCGAGAGCACGCAUUACUCGCUUUCACUCUUGGUGUCAAGCAAAUGAUUUGCUGCUGCAACAAGAUGGAUGCUACCACACCAAAAUACUCCAAGUCAAGGUACGACGAAAUUGUGAAGGAAGUUUCUUCCUACCUAAAGAAGGUGGGAUACAAUCCGGACAAGAUUCCAUUUGUCCCAAUCUCCGGGUUCGAGGGCGACAAUAUGAUUGAGAGGUCGACCAAUCUUGAUUGGUACAAGGGUCCAACUCUUCUUGAGGCUCUCGACCAGAUCCAGGAGCCCAAGCGCCCAUCAGACAAGCCUCUCCGUCUCCCACUUCAGGACGUUUACAAGAUCGGUGGUAUUGGCACUGUACCCGUGGGCCGAGUCGAGACAGGUAUCCUGAAGCCCGGCAUGGUUGUAACCUUUGGCCCAACUGGUCUAACUACUGAAGUCAAGUCCGUCGAGAUGCACCAUGAGGCGAUGCAGGAGGCUCUACCGGGAGACAAUGUCGGGUUCAACGUUAAAAAUGUCGCCGUCAAGGAUCUCAAGCGCGGCUUCGUGGCCUCCAACUCUAAGGAUGACCCGGCGAGAGAGGCUGCAACUUUCACUUCACAGGUGAUCAUCAUGAACCACCCGGGCCAGAUCGGGAACGGGUACGCGCCUGUGCUCGACUGCCACACCUCCCACAUAGCUGUCAAAUUUGCUGAGCUCGUCACCAAGAUCGACAGGCGGUCGGGAAAGGAGCUGGAGAAGGAGCCCAAGUUUUUGAAGAACGGAGAUGCCGGGUUUGUUAAGAUGAUCCCGACCAAGCCGAUGGUGGUGGAGACGUUCUCCGAGUACCCGCCGUUGGGGCGGUUUGCGGUGCGGGACAUGCGGCAGACGGUGGCCGUCGGAGUGAUCAAGAGCGUGGAGAAGAAAGACCCUACAGGUGCCAAAGUCACCAAGGCAGCUGCCAAGAAGGGUGCCAAGUGAGGUGAUGAUUCUGAAACUCUCGACAGUUUUGGAUAUAUAUAUAUAUAAUAUAUAUUAUAUACAUCUCUUUUAAUUUUGAAUGAAAGCUAUUGAACAUGUUUGAGUAGCGGAACAAGAUUUGUGAUGGGAGAUUAAAGAUUUGUUUUGAGCAAAUUACAAUUAUUCUGAGAUAUUAAUAUAAUAUAAAAAAUAAAACUAUAUUUAUUUGGAUUUUUAAUUUGACAUAUUUUCUAUA